GUAGGGAUGGGAACUGUCGAUGUCAAAGACUUUGUGAGCGUCGGCCCCGUAGAGUUCAGCACCUGGGGCAAAAACGCAGCCGCACCUGGUUUAUCCUACCAGACCAUGGGGGACGAAGGCGGGCAAGCGGGCACGUUUGUGCGUUCGGUGCCAACCAGGGAGUCUCUCCGCUCCCCUCGGGGGUCCGUCGUGAGUUUCCACAACAUCCAGUAUUCCAUCAAGCGGUCCCAUGGGCUCCCCUGCAAGCGGAGAGUGGUGGAGAAGAAAAUCCUCCAGAACGUGUACGGAAUUAUGAAGCCAGGCAUGAACGCAAUUCUGGGUCCAACAGGCAGCGGCAAAUCAUCUCUCCUCGAUGUCCUGGCUGCUCGGAAGGAUCCCGCUGGCUUGUCUGGGGAUGUUCUUAUUGACGGCGCCCUGCAGCCUCCCAAUUUCAAGUGCAUCUCGGGAUACGUCGUCCAGGUCGGAACCGAACUGAUCCGAGGGGUCUCCGGCGGAGAGCGGAAGAGGACCAACAUUGGGAUGGAACUGAUCACAGAGCCCCCAGUCCUGUUCCUGGACGAGCCCACCACCGGCCUGGACGCCAGCACAGCCAACGCGGUGCUCCGCCUGCUGAAGAGGCUCUCCCGAAGAGGCAGAACGAUCAUCUUCUCCAUCCACCAGCCUCGGUAUUCCAUCUUCAAGCUUUUCGACAGCCUGACUUUGCUGGCUCUGGGGAAGGUUCUCUACCACGGCCCUGCCAAACACGCCCUGGAGUACUUCCGUUCUGUGGGGUAUGAGUGUGAACCAUUCAACAACCCAGCUGACUUUUUUCUUGACGUGAUCAAUGGUGACUCUACAGCUGUGGCUGCAGGGAAAGGUGUUCAGAAGUCCAAGGGAACAGAUGUGAAAAUCCACACUGAGACCAAUGACGAGAAUGCUGUGGAGGAGGAAGAGGAGGGGGAGGAGGAGAAGGGCGUGGUGAAAACUGUGGUGGACUCUCUGCAUGAGAAAUACAUAGCCUCCAGCCAAUACCAGGACCUGAUGAAAGAGCUACUGAUCUGGGAAAACGCCCAGGGCGUCACUAGGAAGAAGCCAAGGCUGCGGACUCAAGUGACGUAUGCGAACAGUUUCUUCACCCAGCUCUACUGGGUAUCGCAGCGCUCCCUCAAAAACCUCGUUCGAAAUCCUCAGGCUUCUGUGGCACAAGUUCUGGUGACCGUCAUCCUGGCGCUUAUUGUGGGCGCCAUUUUCUUCGGCGUGAAGCUCGACAGCAGUGGCAUUCAGAAUCGAGUUGGAUCGUUGUUUUUUGUAACCACAAACCAAUGCUUCUCCAGUGUGUCUUCCAUCGAGCUAUUCAUCAGGGAUAAGAAAUUGUUUAUCCACCAGUAUACCAGUGGCUAUUAUCGCGUGUCGGCCUAUUUCGUUGCUCUGAUGUUUGGAGACCUGCUCCCCAUGAGGACCAUGCCAGCCAUUAUCUUUUCGUGCAUCAGCUACUGGAUGAUCGGCUACCAAGCGGACGCCGGGCGGUUCUUCUUCUUCAUGUUGACGCUGGUGCUCGUGUCCUACACGUCCACUUCCAUGGCCCUGGCCAUCUCUGCCGGGAUGGACGUGGUGGCCAUCGCGAACCUCGUCAUCACAAUCUGCUUCGUCUUCAUGCUGAUCUUUUCAGGCUUAUUGGUGAAUCUUCCCUCUGUGAUGGGCUGGCUGAACUGGCUGAAGUACUUCAGCAUUCCCAGAUACGGCCUGACGGCCCUCGAAGUGAACGAGUUUAGAGGUUUGUAUUUCUGUGGCAGUGAUCGGCCGAACGGCAGUGAAUCCUUGGUGUUGAGCAGCUGUUCCCAAAAUACUUCCCAACUUGGGCAAAAUUGCUAUGGUGAACAGUAUCUCUGCAGCCAGGGAGUGGCGCUCACCAACUGGGCCAUGUGGGAGAAUAUUGUCGCCCUCGUCUGCAUGACAGUCAUAUUCCUCACGAUAGCGUAUGCCAAACUCCGGUUCAUGAAAAAGUUCACCUGAUCCUCCUCCUUCACCUGGUGUUCAAGAAGUCACACCUUCGCAGAUCCAACAGAUGAGCUGUUUUCUCCACCCAGUUUGGAGGGUGGCAUUGGCCCCGCCGCUGUUGACAUUCCAUGCUGGGGAGAUUGCUUUUGAUGGAACAUUUUGCCCGGGUCCAGUGCCAAUUACCUCUUCACCUAGUGAUCAGUUCCAGCUUUCUAAACAUCUUACAUUGACUAUUUUGCUGGUCAGAGGGAAUACACCUUUGGAACAUGGCUUCUGCUUUGAUCGUUAAAACCACUGCCUGUCUGAACCUGGAUUUCACUCUGCAGCCGUUAUAUUUUCCAAGUAAGCGUAUCACAACGAAUCUGACUUGCAGGCAUCAAUAAGAGUGGAAGUCGAUGACCCUACGUUUGAGCAACUCUUGAAACAACUAUUGUCAUACACUCGCCCGUGAUUUCGGUUGGACUGUGGCCUGUAUCUUUUCAAACUAAUAUUUUACUUAUUUUACUGAGAGCCAGUAUGCCGUAGUGGUUAAGAGCGCGGACUCU